AUGCAGUCCAUGCCACUGCUUCUGAGGCAGUCGCUUAGGUCAAGUGCCAAUUUUGCGAGGACAUCUCUCCCUAUACGACCACAUUUUUUACCCGCCGCUGGGCGGAACAUUCAACCUGCCAGAGACGUACAGCGGAGCUUCUCGGUCUGCAUACGAUGCCAAUUCCGGUCGCGAUCUCCAUUAUAUUCAUCCCGGGAGAAAGAUACAGCAAAAGACGAAGCAGCUUCUCAGCAGUCAAAGGAUGCAGAGUCAACGCCGACGUCCCGCGAUGAAACGCUAAAGGUAGAGCCAGAUGCAGAGACCCAACGGCCUUCUCUGGCCCCGGGAGAGCAUGAUGUCUUACCAGGGCUCGAUCAAGAUGCAAAGAACGAAGCGAAACCUGAACCAGCAGAGAAGAAGGGACUACCAUCGUACCUGGAAGAACGCCGGUCACAGCUGUCCAAACAAUUUACGGGGAUGAUGGACAACCUCCAAUCCAACAUUUUCGUGGCGGGCCAGCGAUUGAACGAUUUGACAGGCUACUCUGCCAUUGAGGCACUCAAGAAAGACAUACAACUGCAAGAGGAACGACUCCGAGCAGCCCGUCUACGGGUCCGAGAAGCCAAAGAUGCCUACGCAGCCGCGAUAAAUCGACGCUCUGCCUCGCAGCGCGAAGUCAACGAGCUCCUCCAGCGAAAACACGCCUGGUCUGCCGCAGAUCUCGAGAGAUUCACCCACCUUUACCGCAACGAUCACACCAACGAAGUGGCUGAGAUGGAGACACAGGACGCCUUGUCCGCCGCGGAACGAGAGUCCGAAGAGGCAGCGGCGCAAUUGAGCAAGAGCAUCCUCUCCCGCUAUCACGAGGAACAAGUCUGGUCGGAUAAGAUUCGUCGAAUGAGUACGUGGGGUACUUGGGGCCUGAUGGGUGUUAACGUUCUCCUCUUCCUUAUUUUCCAAAUUGCUGUCGAGCCAUGGCGCCGCAAACGACUCGUGAAGGGCUUCGAAGAGAAGGUCAUCGAGGCCAUCGAGAAGGAGAAAGCCAUUGGCCACAUGGAGAUAUUGAACCCUCAAACUGCUCUUGCACCGACUUCGCCCUCCCCCAACCAGGAAGCGGCGGAGACAGCACCUACUUCAACCGCCUUUGAAGACACUCUAACCACCUCUGAAUACACCCCAGCCGUCUCUGGCGAGACCCCAGCCGCCACGGACGAAGCCAUCACAUCCGAACCCGUUGUCUGGGACUCCGAUCCUACACCCACCGUCGUCACAAAUAUCCCCCCCGAAACCGCAACAGAAACAACAGAGGAUAGCGCUCCCAAGAACACAAUGAUCAAUGUCCUCGAGUCCUGCAAAUCUCACCUCUCCCGCAUUCCUCCUCCUCCUGCCUCCCUCGACUCAUGGCGACAGACUCUCAAUGACCUAUUCAGUGACCGCAGUAUCGCCAUUACCCAGCGGGAUCUGACCACUGUGGCUCUUCAGAGCGCUGCUGCCGGUGCAGCUAUCAUGGGUCUAGUGAUUGCUUUGAUUCGACCAUGA